GAUAAGCCGGGCGUGAACGCAGGAAACAUCAAGCACGCAGCCGAAAUGUCAAGGAACGACGGCAGGAAGGAUACGUCGGCGUCGGCGUUUCGCAAAAUCGAUGUGGACCAGUAUAGCGACAACAAUUUCAAAGAGGAGGACGCCGACGGUGGCGUAGGCGUGCCCACCGGCCCGGACGAAAACGAAAUUUUGACACUUCUUAGCCAGGGUAAGAACGCGGAGGCGCUAAUAUCGGUAUUAAAAUCGGCACCGUUGGAGUGCAAAAACCAACAGAUCAAGGACAGUGCUCGGAACUUGACGCAAAAGGUGCUGCUGAGUAUAAAGUCAAAUCAAAUGGACGAUUGCUUAGCACAAUUAGAUCGUGACCUAGUGGACGUUUUAAUGAAGUACAUUUAUCGAGGUUUCGAGAUCCCGACGGAAGGUAGCAGUAGUCACUUGUUAAUCUGGCAUGAAAAGGUCUUCAACAUAAGCGGCGCCGGCUGCAUCGUCCGCGUAUUCUCCGACAGCAAGCGGGCUUGAAGUUUUGUACAUUUUGCAGUAACGCGUUCAUUGCGGUAAUUACCAUUGAUUCUUACUGUUAUUCAUCGUCAUUGUUAAUGCGAUGGGGAUGUAGAUAGGCAAGCAUUUCGCGUUUUCCACACAAAUGGGGGAAUACAACAAGUUUGUGUACAUUUGUUAUCAAUAAAGUAAUUUUUAUUUCUUG